UCCCGAGGCACUGUCCACGCCCGCCGUCCGAUCUCGCGCCCGGCAGAUUCAAGUCGUCCAGACCGCCUGGUGGAGAUGUCCCGACUCUCGAGUGCUCCGAGUCGCACUCGCCGGCAUCCUUAAUCUUGCCCCCUCACCUUCUCCUCCGCCAAUCCCGUUCGCCGCCGCCGACUUUCCUCCUGUUCCAAUGUCGCCGCCACGGAACUCAAAUCGCCCCGGGCGCGGCAAAGAGAAACCCUAACCGCGUCGGUGACCUCGCCCCGCCCGCCUCCGCAGUCGAUGACACCUCUGGUUUCAUCAAUUCUGUUGGUGGAAGUUUCGAAUUUGGAACCUCAAAUUCGAUUCGAGACUUCAGGAUUCCCAAUCCCCUCUUCUACUGAAAGUUGGACAUCCACUUGGUACUUUGUUAACUCUCCUUAAUCAUCAAUGCUAUAACUCUGCAACUAAUCGGAGCCGAGCUUCCAAGUGUCAAGAUGCCGUGGAUCCGGCCCCAGUCGAGGGCGAAGACUCGGCGGCAGGUCGUCGCGGGCACUGGCCCCGUCGCGCGGGUUGGCUGGCUGACCGCGCGCGCGAUCUCCUCCACACGGCACAGCUCCCUGUCAGACAGUACUGCCACUUAAUUUGUCGCCCAAAAAAUGUUCAUCUGGUGCUCUCGUCUCCUCUCCUUUCCUCCCCAUUCAUAUCCUUUCUUCCUUCAUUGUGCACCAACUGCUUCUGCCGAAAUCCUACUCAGCACGAGGCGAUGACGGUGAGAGAAGCUGUGGUGGAAGCUGCGAUCGGAUGGCUGGUGGAAAGCGUCAUGAACCUCUUCACUGAAAAGUUGGUUGCAUGGACUCACAAAGUUGGGCUUGCCGACGAUGUGGAGGAGCUCAAGUCAGCCAUGAGGUAUGUCCAGAUGGUGCUUGCUGCUGCCAACGGGAGGAAGAUGGAGAACGAGCCGCUGGCUCAGUCUCUGAGUGAUCUCAAGGGGCUGCUGUACGACGCCGAGGACGUGUUGGACGAGCUCGACUACUACCGCCUCAAAGAAGAGGUCACAAGUGAUAAUACUGCAACUUCAUCCGUGUGGUGGUUUAGCUCCAUUAUUAAACAAUUUGGAAGCACUAUAAUCGACAAAUGUGGUAACUUUGUCUCCACGGGCAACUCGAGUAGAAAAAGGAAAAGAGAAGAUGACCACAAGAUUGCUGCCUACACGCAACUGGGAAACAAGAGUGAGUUUUCUGGCAAUACUGAGGGCGGUACAGCUAUUGCUGCCUACACAUACCUUGAAAACAAGUAUGAGUUUUCUCGUAGGAUACAACUCAUUGCUGGUAAACUACGAGAUGUUGGCCAUGAUGUCAGUCGCACUCUCAAAAUAGAUGUAUCGAACUUCGUUGUAACUUCAAGUUUGAGUCAGAGUACACCCCAGGACACACGUCUAACAUCAUCAUAUCUUGUUGAGCCCAAAGUGUACGGGAGGCAUUCAGAGAUGGAAUCCAUCCUAAAGCUAAUGGCAAGUAACAGAUCCAAUGGCAUAACUGUCCUACCGAUUGUUGGCAUAGGAGGCAUUGGGAAGACAACUCUAGCCCAGCUUGUGUACAAUGAUCCGAUAGUUACAAAUCAGCUUCAGAUAAAGAUAUGGGUUUGCGUGUCUGAUAACUUUAAUGUGGUUAGGCUGACAAGGGAGAUGUUAGACUGUGUCUCUAAACAAAGGCAAGCAGAAACAAGCAACUUGAACAGGCUUCAGGAGGAUCUAGAGAAACACAUGAAAUCUAGGAGGUUUCUAAUUGUCUUGGAUGAUGUCUGGGAUGACAUGAACGAACACUCUUGGAACAAACUAUUAGCUCCUUUGAAACGUAACGAGGCAAUGGGUAAUAUGAUACUUGUGACAACUCGAAAAUUGCCUGUUGCAGAAAUGACAAGGACAGUUGAACCAAUCAUGUUAGGUGCUUUGGAAGGGGAUGAUUUCUGGCUACUAUUUGAAUCAUAUGCAUUUGGUGAUCAACAAUAUCAAGAUCAAAGGUUGUACAAUAUUGGGAAGCAAAUAGCUCAAGAUUUGAGGGGGAACCCAUUAGCAGCGAAAACUGUAGGUGCGCUAUUAAGAAGGGAUAUUAACUUUGCUUAUUGGACUAAGAUUCGAAAAAGUGAAGAAUGGAAAUCCCUACAAGAAAGCGAAGGCAUCAUGUCUACUUUAAAGCUGAGCUACGAUUGCCUACCAGGCCACUUGCAGCAUUGCUUCAGGUAUUGUUGUCUGUUCCCUAAGGAUUAUCAGUUUGAUGGAGCAGACUUAGUCAGAAUUUGGAUUUCACAAGGAUUUGUGGAUGGUAGCCGUACCAGUAAAAGUCUAGAAGACACAGGGAAUGACUAUUUGGCUGAUUUGGUGGACUCGGGCUUCUUUCAGAAAAUUGGAAGGGACUGGCAUUCUCCGGAAUGCUUUGUCAUGCAUGAUCUUAUGCAUGAUUUAGCAUGGAAGGUUUCAAGAGCUGAAUUAGGGACUAUAGAUGGCAGGGGCUGUGAAGAAAUCUUACCAACUGUGCGCCAUGUAUCAAUAGUUACCGAUUGUACAUUUUCUCAUGAAAAUAUUAAAAAAAAACUGCGGCAAAUUAAAUCUGUGAGAAAGCUGAGGUCCUUGUUGUUAAUUGGCCAUUAUGACCCCUCUUUUUUCGAAGACUUCCAGAAUAUGUUCAAACAAGCAGAAAAUUUACGUUUGCUGCGAAUCUCUGCAACUUAUGCUGAUUUUGUUUCUUUUCUGCACAAUUUGGAAUAUUGUACCCAUCUUCGCUACCUAAAACUUUAUAACAAAGGGAGCGGUGAAGCUUUGCCUAUAUCUCUGAGCAAGUUUUACCAUCUUGAAGUAUUAGAUGCUGGACACCCAACUAUAGUUCGUGGUAUGAAUGAUCUUAUCAGCAUGAGGUAUCUUCUUGUGACAAAGGGAGCACGCUCUUCUGUUACUAGUGUUAGUAAAAUGAGCAAUCAUCAGGAUGUGCAGAAUUUCACAGAUCAAAAUUCUAGCUGCUCUGAGAUAAUACAACUUCAAGCCAUGAACAAGCUUGUACAACUUGGUGUGUUUCAACUCGAAAAUGUAAGUGGAGCCGAGGCUUAUGGGGCAAAACUGAGAGAUAAACAACACUUGCAAAAGCUGCACUUGUCUUGGAAGGAUACUUUGUCACAGGAUGAGUCUGCUAGUGACACGAGCUUUGAACCUUCUGUGGACACAAAAUCAGAAGAGGAGAGCCUUGCAAUGGAUGAUAGUGAUCCAGGUUCUGAACCUUUUAUGGACAUAGAAACAGAAGAGGACAGCUCGCCAAUGGAUGAUAUUAACAAUGACCAAAGUUCUGAACAUUUUAUAGACACAUCAAGAGAGGUGCUUGAGGGUCUUGAACCACAUCACAACCUAAAGCAUCUACAGAUUUCUGGGUACAGCGGUGCUACCUCCCCAGCUUGGCUUGGUACUUCAGUUUCCUGUUUGCAGACGCUUCAUCUCGAGGAUUGUGGAGAAUGGCAAAUGCUUCCAUCUCUGGGAAGGCUAUUGUUUCUUACAAAGCUGAAGUUAAGGAAUAUGCAGAAAGUAACAGAAGCAAUGAUUCCUUCACUGGAGGAGCUGGUGCUGAUUGAAAUGCCAAAGUUGGAGAGAUGUUCCUGCAAUUCUGUGAGGGAUUUGAACUCUAGUUUAAGGAUACUGAAUAUCCAGAGAUGCAGUGAACUGAAGGUCUUUCCUCUUUUUGAGAGCUGCGAGAAACACAAAAUCGAGAAGAAGUCAUGGUUGUCCCAUCUUAGAGAGCUUACCUUCCUUGAUUGUCCUCAUUUAACGAUAUCAAAUCCUCUACCACCUUCAAGUAGCAUCUGUAAACUAUCCGUUGCAAGAGUUUCAACAGUUCCAUCAAUGGAGGGAUCAUCCAACGGAAAAUUGAUAAUUGGAGGGAUUUCUUUUGAUAAGGAUUCCGAUGGGCUGACAAACCUGGACGACAAAAUUGUGUCAUUCCAUAAUCUGAGGGCCCUAACUCGCUUGCAGAUAGGACAGUGCCCAAAUCUAUUGUCUAUUUCACUCGAAGGUUUCAGGCAACUCAUCAGCUUAAAGAGUUUGGAAAUAGACUACUGCGGAAAACUUUUCUCUUCAGUUGUUGUACCAGAGCAUACCCAUGAAUACAUGGCAGACGCAAAUUUCAUUGCCCUCCCAUCUCUCAAGCAUCUCAGGAUUAAUUCAUGUGGAAUAACUGUGAAGUGGCUAGCUGUGAUAUUGAAACAUGUGAUGGCCCUAGAGGAGUUGCAUUUAGAGAAUCUGAAUAUAUCAGGGCUAUUGAUAGAAGGGAAAGAGAGUGGUUUAUCACAUCUCACCUCAGCUCCACGGGCUUCAUCACCAGGAAAUCGAGAUGACGCAAUGACAAGCUCAACUCCAGACGGGCUGCUGCGUGUUCCAUCAAAAAUCAUCCCCUCUCUCAAGAAAAUGUCUAUACGGUAUUGCCGCAACCUAACAUUUCAGAUGAGCAAGGAAGGCUUCGCUGGAUUCACCUCACUUGAGGAGCUAACAGUUUGGGAAUGCCCCAGGCUGAUAUCGUCUUUGGUGCAUAAAGACGAAAACAAUGACCAGGGAACCGGAAGAUGGCUUCUCCCGCACUCACUUGGCAAACUUGAGAUCAACCAUUCCACAGAAAUUCUGCAGCCCUGCUUCGAGGAGAACCACACCUGCCUCAAAAAACUACAAAUAUGGGGCAGCCCAAGUUUGAAAUGUCUACAGCUGGAUUCCUGCACAGCACUGGAAGAGAUGACGAUUGGUGGUUGUGGAUCGCUCACUGCGCUAGAGGGCUUGCAAUCCCUCGGCAGUCUCAGAUAUUUGAUAGUAUGCCGCUGCCCUGGUUUACCUCCGUGUUUGGAGCAUCUGUCAAGGGGCUAUGAGCUGUGCCCUCGACUGGAAAGGCUUCAGAUCGAUGACUACUCUUUCCUUACCGAGUCAUUCUGCAAGCACCUCACCUCCCUCCAACGCCUAGAACUUGACACUUUUCUGAUUGAAGUGACGAAACUAACGGAUGAGCAAGAGAGAGCGCUUCAGCUCCUCACGUCCCUGCAAGAGCUCCAAUUUGUGUAUUGCACCAAACUCGCAGAUCUUCCUGUGGGUCUGCACAGCCUUCCCUCCCUCAAGAGUUUGGAGAUAUUCGGUUGCCGGAAUAUCUCAAGGCUGCCGGAAAAGGGCCUCCCACCUUCCCUCGAAGAGCUGGAGAUCAGAGGUUGCAGUUUGAAUCUAACCGAGCAAUGCAGGAUACUAGCGAGUAAGCUAAAGGUCAGAAUUGAUGGUGAAUAUGUGCAUUGAUUACUGGGUGAAUUGUUGAGCACACGUUUCUAUUAGCACAUCAGAUAUCACUGUAUUGCUUUCCAUGUCUCUUUGCAGGCAUUCAAGCUGCUGCACAUUCCAUUGCUACAUCGUCUGUCUUCCGGAUCAAUACAAGUAUCAUACAAUUAGACGCUGCUCAAGAAAGUGUUCACGCAUCCCUGUUUCUCCCGGAUCACCUGUUGCAGGGCUUAUGUUUGCCAGACAAGAGACCAAAGGUGUGGAUCUUUUUACUCGGAAGCAUCAAAAACUGAAUUUCUCGUGCUAGAUUCUGUGCGGGUUUUGUUUCACUUCUGAAAGUGGUCAUGUUGCUGAUUUACGGUUGUGAUGCUUUGUUAUAAACUUGUUGGGAUUGCAGAAAGAUCAGAGUAUUUGUGUGCUAUCAUGUCCAAUGAGGUAUUGAGGGAGUAUAUCUGAAGAUACACUGUGCUUUUCUUGCGAAUCAUGCAAAAAUGCUCUGCAACUACAAUACUGCACUUCAGCUCUCAGCUUCUCAUGUUAUUAACAGACGAAGCCAAUAUGAUGGGAUUGAGCCAACUCAUACCUCGCUCUGCCAGAAAUCAAGAUGGGCUUGCGAGCAGACAGUCUGUGCAGAAAUAUACGCGAGCCUGCAACGUACUCUGUCACUGUUGAUUAAUUUUCCUCGCUGUAGUGCUAGUGAUGCGACCUGUGUAUGUAAUAUGCCAUCUUACGAGUUUCAUUUUGCCUUUUGGGUCUGUUGAAGGCAAAUUAACAUGUUGUCUUUCAGAUUGUGCUUGAAUCUUCAGAUUUUAUUCCUCCUCAUCUGGAACCGCUCUCUGUUAGUGGUGAAUGCAUGC